AUGAACAAACCAAAGCUUCUACGAGACAUCAGAAUUCUUCGAACAUUUUACGGUGGAAAGAUUCCACCGGAAGCGACAAAUGACUCAGAGCAACUCCGUAUCACACUUGCCAAAUGUAAAUCAACAUUGGCAAAUGACAUCGGAGAUGUGGCCGUACAUGGUAUUCAAGAAUAUGAACAGUCUAUAGAUGACAACAAUGACAAUACACACAAUCAAAAUGCAUUCCCUCUUAACGUAAACAUGAACUUGUCGCCAGUCAAAGUCAAUGACAAUGGCAAAAAUGAUGAGAAAAUCAACCCCGAAAAUACAUGUUAUUUUGAAGCCGAUGGCGAUGAAAAAACCAACAUAAAAAUUUCCCAUACCAAGACGAAUGACAGACAUAAAACUAAAUCAAGAAAGCAUUAUCGGCAGAGAAAGAAGCGUAUAAAACACGCAGAACAAAUUUCCAGCUUGUCGAGUGAGUCGGAAAGUCCUUCAGAAGAUGAUUCAAGUUCUUGUAGUGAUGAUCAAGGGCGUGGUAAGAAAUCUAUAAAGCACACCCGAAAAAAGUAUUUGAAAUUGAAAGAAAAAUUUCAGCAUUACCGUGAUCAGUUUAAGCAAGCUGAUGGUCCAAUGGCAAUGGCAAGGGAUAUGUCAGUCUCUCAAAUGUAUAAUUUAGAACGUCCUAGUAAUUUUAGUAACCCAGAAUUUUUGUGGUAUGGAAAUAAUUAUCAGCGUUUUCCUAGUUUCGUACCAACUGCUUAUUACCCACCUGCAACACGAAUUAAUCCUGUUGCCUUUAACCCAAACCCAUAUUUUUAUGGAAGCCAAAUCUGCCAAAAGCCAUUGGUUUAUAAUUAUAUGCAGAUACCACUGAGGCAGACACCUUUUGGGAAUAGUGGCGAGACAGUUACCACUACCAGUAUAAAUAAUUCUUCGACUUCAUCGACUUGGCAUGAAUCGAAUCAACCGCCGCAAAAUGAAUUAAAGGAUAGUGAUUUUCAAGGCCUCGAGUUGUUGUCCUCGGCCGUUGGCAUGGAGUCAAUGAACACUAAAAAGUAA